GCGGCAGCGCAACACAGUGCUGUCAUCCAAACUUAGCGGAGCCCCCCGUGAAGCGUCAGACUGACCGGCUAGCUGACAGAGCUCAACUUCUACAUUUUUCUGCUGCCACUCUCUCGCUCAGGUGCUCCAACUUCCUCUCUGCGCUCUGCCAAGUGCUGAUCGAGCGCGUGGAUUAAAGAGCGGGGUCCCACCGUCUGAGGCUGAACACCUGCACGUGGCGGAGGACUGCCUUCUUUUCCUUUGCUUGACCUUCAUCCUUCCUCAGCUUCACUUCGCCUGUCAAACGAGCGCGGACGAUGAGCUCAUCUCUUCCCAAAAGCGAGUCGACCACCUCUCUGCUUAGAACAUCGGGGCCCCACCGCAGGUCUGCCCACGGGGAUCGCGGUCCCCACGGCCACAGGAGCCACCGCUCUCACCAUAAUCAUCCCGCCGGAGCUGGAGGCAGCGACGACGCGGUCUGGAGGGAAGACUGCGAGACCAGUGUGCGGAGACCUCUCUGCCAACCAAGACAUGCCGACUCUCGACAUUUAAGUGACCAUCAUCGGACGCCGAAAAGUCAUACUCACCGGCAGCCGAUCACCCUGGCUGAUGAUGAUGAUGAUGAUGAUGAAGAAUACACUCAGGAGGAUGUGGGGCACAGGAUGAACAGGCAUCAGAAACAGCACAUCAGGUCCUCGAGAUCCAAACAGUCUCAUCAUCAUCAUCACCACCACGACUCCACUCGAGGUGAGGUGCCUCCCGCUGCGCAUCCGCAGGGCGGAUCCAGACACGACAGGAGAACCUCGCCAACCCCAUCUUAUCCAAAACACCAGGACGAUGCAGCUUUCUUCUUCGAGUCCAGCGAGAGAGUCGUCACCGGGUCAUCAUCCAGCCUCAGCUCAGACCCACCUGCGACAAGCGCACCUGUCCGGCCAGCGGCCAGCCGCAAAACCAAAAGACUAAACGCAGCAUCCUCUGAGUAUGACUCCAGUCUUCAUCCAAUAGUGAAAUCAGUUUUUGGGCAGGACCAGAAGAAGAACUACAAAGCAGUGCAAUCCUGUGAGGAGGGGGGAUCUGGGGGGGCCUAUCUUGAGCCACUAGUAGCCCUGGCCCAGAAUGGAGCCAACAUGCACAACGUACUGGGGCCUGCAUGCAUCUUUCUACGCAAGGGCUUCGCUGAGAGCCGGCAGGCUGAUCGAGAGCUGAGGCCAGAAGAAAUGGAUGAGCUGCGCGAGGCCUUCAAAGAGUUUGACAAAGACAAAGAUGGGUUCAUUGGCUGUAAAGACCUGGGGAACUGCAUGAGAACUAUGGGAUACAUGCCAACAGAGAUGGAGCUAAUAGAACUGAGCCAGCAGAUCAACAUGAACUUGGGAGGACAUGUUGACUUUGAAGACUUUGUUGAACUCAUGGGGCCCAAACUUCUGGCUGAAACAGCAGACAUGAUAGGGGUGAAGGAGCUGAGGGAUGCCUUCAAAGAGUUCGAUACUAAUGGUGACGGCGAGAUUAGCACCGCAGAACUCAGAGAAGCCAUGAAAAAACUUCUGGGACAGCAGGUUGGACACAGAGAACUGGAGGAAAUACUGCGAGACAUCGACAUCAACGGAGAUGGACAUGUAGACUUUGAAGAAUUUGUGCGGAUGAUGUCUCGGUGAGUUCCUGGCUGAGAGCUAAAACGACAGCCUGGAUUCUCUGUUGGGUUUUGGAGGAAAAGAAGUGCAAGUAGCACAGAAUACUGAUGAAGCUUGAACUUCUGAAUCUGUCAAUGAAGAAGACAGCAAAAAAACAAAACAAGAAAACAUAUCAAACCCUGCCCUGAAACUGCCACGCUGAAGCACAAAUGCUGACGACUACAGUAGGGAGCAACACUGUUAAGAAUAAUAUGCUGCUGCUGUUUCCAAGAGCAUAAACAAAACCAAUGGCUGCAUUUCUGACUUUUGCAAAGUAGUUUUUACAAACGUAUUUUCCUUUAACGACAACAUUUCUAAUGUUGAUGUGCUUUUUCUCCUGACUCAGUGGGUGAAGCUGUUUUGCUCACCUACAAACUACAUGCCAUUAUACUUUAAUAAUUGUAGCAAUUAAGAAGAAGCAGCAGUAUGCCAGCAAACACCCGAACUCAUACAGCACAUUCCUUUUUUUUUAAUGCCGAGGGUAUCUGAAGCACAAAUACAAAUGGCAAUAUAGAAACAUGUUACGUGACCCCUGUCAAGCAGCGUGUUUGUGUCUUGUGCAUACUGUUGUUUCUUUCCACCUUAUGCUGUACAUGUGUUAUGUCACUGGAGACUAUCGUCAAACCCUGAUGAAGGUGAGCCAGUAUUUGUUCGGUAUAUGUUAUGUAGCACCGAUACAGUUCUCAUGACUUUAAUAACAUUAUACCUAUUUUACUGUGAUAUAUAGACUAUACAUAUAUAUUUAUGUGUGUGUCAUUGCCACUGUGCAUAAGACUGACGGGCUCUUUCAACUGCAACUUGCUAAUCUUGAAGAUAGGCCUUAUUUUUUAUAUAUAUGCUGUGUUUUCCUAUUUCUGAAUUACUUCCGUGAGUAUAUUCAGAAUACACAAAACAUGUUUUGACACUGAGAAAUCAUCCACGCCUGACUGUGCAGGCGUGGGAUCAACAAAGAGGUAAAUUAUAGGUGGUAAAGAGAUGGGGUUAGUGCUUUUAUUAUCAUCAGCGAGCUUUGAUAAUUUUGAGUUUCUUUGUGAGUUUUGCUGAGUGAACAAAAUAUUUCUGAAGUUAAAAAAAAUCUCACUUGGUGCAACAUUUACACUUUUACCUUUAAUACCUCAAAAUCAGUCAAACGACCAACCUCACUCUCGAACUCCCUCUUGGCACACGCUUAUCUUUAAUACACUGCACGGACAAAGCUAUUGGGCCACCUAUACACUACACCUAAAUACCAUUUCUUAAUUCCCACACUAAUUCUGUUCAAAAUGCUGACUAUAAGUAAUACGUAAGUUUUCUGUCUAAUUUUGCUACAUUGUUACAAAGUCAAAUGAUAAAUUUAACUGAAUCUAAUUGAAUUAAAUGCACUUGAUUGACAUAUAUUUAGAUUAUACAAAGCAUAAUUUCAUUAAUCAUGACUUAUUUGAAUAAAUUAACCUUUGAUUUUAUAUAGUUCAGUUGCACUUUGCUCAAAAUUAUUGUUUUGUGUUUAUGAGGGUGAAGAAUCAUUUUUUGUGUGUGAUUGGUCACCUCACCAUCUCUAUUCCACUUCAACCCAAAGGUGUUUGUCGGGGUUGAGGUCAGAGCUCUGCAAGUUCUCCCACACCAGCUAUGCCUUUAUGGACCUUGCUUGGAGUACAUUGAUGCUGGAACAAAAAAAAGGGGGCCUUACCCAAACAGUCCCCACUACGCUGGAGAAUUGUCUAAUAUGUCUUGUUAAGAUGAAGCUAUGGGUAGGCGGUCCAAUAUUUUUGUCCAUGUAGUGUACCAGCUUCCUUACCUUCAUUAUUAAUAUUUCCAAGGAAGCAGCAGAAGCUUCUUUAUGGUAAAAAAAAAGCCAAAGAAAGUUUACAAACAUUAUUAUGUGAGUCUAAUCCAGUUUGGUAAGUAGAUGCAAUAUUUUUCAGAAAUUUGAUGCACUGAAUUACAUUUUCAAAAUGACUGCGUGAAAUGCGCUUUAGUUGUUGGGACAGCUAAAUUAUUUGUAGACUGUUCAUGAAUGGAUGUGAGGGUAUAUGCAUGCUGUUUAAAAAAAAGAAGAAGAAAGAGUUGUGAUUUUACUUGUCUUAACUGUGUGAAACUAUGCAUGCUAAUAAACUACUGCAAUUUGUAGCAGAAUCUAAAAGAAAUAAAGAUUUUUAUUCCAAAUUGAGAUUA